AUGGGUGACAUCCCUUGGGACUUUGCCGGCGUCAUCAUGGGCAUCGCAUUUGUCAGCACCCUGUUUGGUCAGGUCGCGAUCGACGCCCUCAUCCGCCGCACCGGCCGCGGCUCUGUCGUCGUCAUCGUGCUGGCCGCCUUCUUCACGUGCGCCUGCCUGCUCGCCUGCUACGUCGCCGCCCGCAGCGUCGUCGCGUUCGCGACGAGCGCAGACCACUCGAUCCGGGCGCCUGGCGUGUGCUGA